CCCAAUUUUUGACCCCACCAGAACUCAGUUAUGUGAGUCUUCAGAGUCACGCUUGUGGCGAACGUGCAUAAGUUCGCUCUCACCUUCGACGCGAAGGCUCAAAAUAUUGCAGACUUCGUCAUUGGCAGCCAGUCAAUCCUCACAUACUCAAUGCCGCCACGAAAAGCUCCAGCUGUCGCCGCGUCGCGGCCGUUGAAGUCCAGCACCGCUGCCGAAGACCACAAGCCUCCGAAGAAGGCUACCGAUUCGUUCGACGAGCUGCUGGAAACGUACUACAAGGGAAAGCACAUUACCGAUCCCAUCAGCACGGCCGAAGACAAAUGGACGCUCCUCCCGGCCUUUCUGAAAGUCAAGGGGCUGGUCAAGCAGCACAUUGAUUCGUUCAACUACUUUGUGGACGUGGAGCUGAAAAAGAUUGUCAAAGCCAACGAGAGGGUUGUGAGUGAUGUGGAUCCGCAGUUCUUUCUACGGUAUACAGACAUUCGCGUGGGCUCGCCACAGCGUAUGGAUAUCGAAAGUAACGCCGAAAUAACGCCGAACGAAUGUCGAUUGCGGGAUCUUACCUAUGCAGCGCCGAUCUACGUCGAUGUCGAAUAUGUGCGCGGAAAGCAGAUUGUCCGACGGCAAGGCAACUUUAUCGGCCGACUGCCAAUAAUGUUGCGCAGUAACAAAUGCGUUUUGAUGGGCAAGGACGAGAUGGAAAUGGCACGGCUGAACGAGUGUCCAUUGGAUCCAGGUGGAUACUUUGUCGUUAACGGGACGGAGAAGGUCAUUUUGGUCCAGGAGCAGCUUAGUAAGAACCGUAUUAUCGUGGAGAGUGAGCCAAAGAAGGGCAUCGUUCAGGCCUCUGUGACCAGUUCCACUCAUGAGCGGAAAUCGAAAACAUAUGUCUUGACAAAGAAAGGCUGCAUCUACCUCCGACACAACUCCCUCAACGAGGAUAUACCCAUUGUUCUUGCCCUAAAAGCGAUGGGAAUUCAGUCGGAUCACGAAAUCCUUCUACUCGUUGCAGGAACCGAUAUGGUGUACCAGGAUACCUUCUCGAUCAACUUCGAAGAGUGCUCAAAGCUCAAGGUAUUCACGCAGAAGCAGGCAUUGGAGUACAUGGGCACCCGGACGAAGAAAAGGGGACCCCCUGGACUGCAGCCCAAGCGGACACCCGAGCGGGAAGCACUUGAGGCCCUGGCUACAAUUGUGUUGGCCCAUGUGCCUGUUGAGAACCUGAACUUUAGACCAAAGGCGCUCUACAUGGCUUUCAUGGCCAGACGAGUGAUCCAAGCCAUGACCAAUCCUGCCUUGGUUGACGAUCGUGAUUAUGUUGGAAACAAGCGGCUGGAAUUGGCAGGACAGUUGCUCUCUCUUCUGUUCGAGGAUCUCUUCAAGAAGUUCAACAGUGAUAUGAAGAUGAGCAUCGACAAGACACUCAAGAAGCCAUCCCGAACUUCUGAGUUUGAUGCUCUACCGCUGUUGAACAAUGGAGCAAGCAUGAUUACGCAAGGAAUGAACCGGGCGAUUUCCACUGGAAACUGGUCGCUAAAACGUUUCAAGAUGGAGCGUGCUGGUGUUACCCACGUCCUCAGUCGCCUGUCAUAUAUCAGUGCGCUUGGUAUGAUGACCCGUAUCUCAUCCCAGUUCGAGAAGACCCGUAAAGUCUCGGGACCUCGUGCACUUCAGCCCUCUCAGUUCGGCAUGUUGUGUCCAUCUGAUACUCCCGAAGGAGAGGCUUGUGGUCUGGUGAAGAAUUUGGCAUUGAUGACACACAUCACAACCGACGACGAAGAAGAGCCCAUCAAGCAGCUUGUGUUUGCACUAGGUGCUGAGGAUGUCACUCUUGUGAGUGGCUUCGAGUUGUAUUCUUCGGGCGCAUACAUUAUCUUCAUCAACGGAACCUGCUAUGGACUCACUCGGUAUCCCAAACGGUUCCUGGAGACUUUCCGCAAGCUGAGGAGGUCAGGAAAGAUUUCAGAGUUUAUCAGUAUCUACAUCAAUCAUCACCAUAAUGGUGUCCACAUCGCUACCGAUGGAGGAAGAAUCUGUCGGCCGUUGGUUAUCGUUGAGAAUAAACGCUCGAGGGUUACCUCACGACAUCUCAAGUCCUUGGCAGCAGGAAGGAUGACGUUCGAAGAUUUCCUUAAGAGGGGACUGGUCGAAUACGUCGACUGCAAUGAGGAGAACGACUCUCACAUCGCCAUAUACGAGCAUGAAAUCGGUGAUACCACAACCCACAUUGAGAUCGAGCCCUUCACUAUCCUCGGAGCCGUGGCCGGAUUGAUCCCAUAUCCGCAUCAUAAUCAGUCACCUCGUAACACAUACCAGUGUGCUAUGGGUAAGCAAGCGAUUGGGGCGAUUGCAUACAACCAGUUUUUGCGCAUUGAUACGUUACUGUAUCUCAUGGUUUACCCGCAGCAGCCUAUGGUCAAGACCAGAACAAUUGAGUUGAUCCAAUAUGACAAGCUGCCCGCUGGGCAAUCCGCCAUUGUUGCCGUCAUGAGUUAUUCCGGCUACGAUAUUGAGGACGCUCUGGUGCUGAACAAAGGAUCUGUCGAUCGAGGAUUCGGACGCUGUCAGGUAUUCAAGAAGUAUGUCACUACCUUGCGGAAGUAUCAAAACGGAUCUGCAGACCGCAUCGGGGACAUCAAACGGCAAGUAAACUCUGCCGGCGAAACGGUGCCUAUCGAGAAGCACGCCGCAUUGGAAGCAGACGGUCUCGCCGCCGUUGGUGAGAAAAUUAAGGAUGAACAAGUUUACAUUAACAAACAAGUUCCCGUCAAUACCGCCGACAUGCCGCAGCUCCUCAACGAAACUCGCCCACCAGAUGAAUAUAAAGACGCCCCGAUGAGAUACAAACUCCCGGACCACGCAUACAUCGACAAGAUCAUGAUCUCGACGGCGGAGAACGAGCAGACUCUUAUCAAAGUCUUGACCCGCCAGACUCGGCGCCCGGAGCUGGGUGACAAGUUCUCUUCUCGACACGGACAGAAGGGAGUUACUGGUAUCAUCGCCCAACAGGAGGAUAUGCCGUUCAAUGAUCUGGGAAUUACCCCGGAUGUUAUCAUGAACCCCCACGGUUUCCCCUCGCGAAUGACUGUCGGGAAGAUGAUCGAGCUGCUAGCAGGCAAGGCGGGUCUGAUGAAUGGAAAGUUGCAGUACGGAACUGCGUUUGGCGGUAGUAAGGUGGACGACAUGGCGAAUAUCCUGGUGGAAAACGGGUUCAGUUACUCCGGGAAGGACUUCGUCACUUCUGGAAUCACCGGAGAAUCACUCGAAGCAUACAUCUUCUUCGGCCCCAUCUACUAUCAAAAGCUGAAGCACAUGGUCCAAGACAAGAUGCACAGUCGAUCGCGCGGACCGCGCGCCGUCCUCACCCGCCAACCAACAGAAGGUCGUUCGAAAAUGGGAGGACUCCGUCUCGGAGAGAUGGAGCGUGACUGUCUCAUUGCCUACGGAGCCUCGCAACUCCUCCUGGAACGUCUCAUGCUCUCGUCCGACGUACACGAGGUGGACCUGUGCGAGCAGUGCGGACUGAUGGGCUACAGUAAUUGGUGCACCACGUGUCAGAGCUCGAAAUCGGUCACAAAGAUGAAGAUUCCGUAUGCGGCAAAACUGUUGAUUCAGGAGCUGCUCAGUAUGAAUGUGCUCUGCAGGAUAAAGCUGAAGGAUAAGUUCCCAUCCUCUGUGUAAAAACAUGGAGGCUACAAACAGAUCGAGAGGACGGGUGGAGGUGCGAGGUGCGGGUAGGGAGGGGGAGUAGAUACAAUGGAAAUAGGUUGUGUUUAUGGGUGGCGUUUGUGAGGACGGUUUAAAUGUGCUUGUGCUUAUGUCUUUUUUUUACAUACUUUUCCCUUCAUGUGUCUCUUCCUCUUGCUUGUAUUGGGUACCUAGUACAUCAAUCUGCUGUGACACGAAAACGAAAU